AUGACCGACGCAAUGUUAGCCUCUUCUUCUAGGGAGGCAGGUCGCAGCUCCGAAAUCGACCAGACCAAGAAACCAGAUCCCAUCUCCACCUCGAAUGCACCGAAGCUGUCCUCGCCGUUUCCCUCUCCGACCGAAGCUAAACGGCCAGCGUCAUCCAAAUUAGCUCCAUCUACAGACGUGAACGAAGGUGACCAGGGUUGUGAAACAUCACAGGCAGCCAAAGAAGCCUAUUCUGGAACUCAAAGCAAGGAGAAUUUCCGUUCCUCUUCAACACAGCGCGAUCCGCCGAGAGAGGGAUCAUCCCUGAACACUCGACCGCCCAACAAGUCUACUGAGGACAAUCCGAUUUCCCUACCCCACCACAAGCACCAGCAUUCCGCUACAGGCAUCUCCCCUCCUUCUCGUGCACCGAGUGUUCAAUUCCGAGAAACCGAUACAGAAGCUGCCGAACUGCCCCAAUCUCGACCACAAUCCCGACCCACAUCUUUGUAUGGUGAUGAUGGGGAACAAACAGCGAGGGGCAGGUCGUUCAUUACAAAACUGAAGUCGUCUUUUACUUCCCACUCGCGCUCCGCCAGCGGCGGUGCAGUCCCAGAAUUUCGGCAACCCCCUCCGGAGCUGGCGACCCCCGGCUCUGAACGGGGUGAAUUUCGCUUUCCCGAGCCAUUACCAGAAGAGGGCAGUGAUAUUGAGGCCGAUGCGGAGGAGAGUGGUGCAGAGCACACGGAUCGGCCCAAACGAAAGAAGAUAUUGCGACGCCCUCGAACAGAGGAGGAGGAUGCAGACAAUCGAACGGCACCCACUACGCCCAAAGCUGGCCGUCGACCUUCCUUCCACUUCUCCUCAUCUUUUGCACCAUUCGAGAACUAUCGGCAAAAUAUAUUUCCCCGGAGAGCUAGUACAACUGACUUUACUCCACAGCCACGGGAAGGCGUGUCGGAGGAUGAAGGCCGUGAAAGGCUUAAUCGGCGAAAAAGAAGUGCAUGGGCUGGAGCCCGUGGCAUGUCCUACAUUGGGCGGCAGCAGGCGGAGGAAAAUCAAGAGGAACAACGACCAAGUCAACUAAGGCGGCUUACCGGUUUGGCCGGUCCCUCGGAGAAUGCCGAGAGCCUCGCAGCCACCUGGAGACGCCAUCGAAACGAACGCGGCACCAGUGCCAGCGCCCAACGAUGGAGGCAGAUUAAAGCUGGUUUCAAGCUUAUUGGGCAGCGACGAAAGGUUGAUAACACGAUAGAUAAUAAGAAGUCAGCAGAGCUUCUUGCUGAGCUGUCAUCGGCCGUGCCAGCUGCCUUGAUCUUGGCCAGUUUUUUCCAAAGAGAUGAACACGGAAGCAAACGAAUCCCGAUUCUCUUGGAACAAGUGAAGGUUCGUGUGACAGAUAGUCGCAUAGAUUCCCACUCUGGCGACCGUCACCUGGUUUUCCGUAUCGAAUUGGAGUAUGGCAGUGGCAUGACUCGAAUGAAAUGGAUCAUCUUUCGAACGUUGAAAGACUUUGCCAACCUGCAUUUGAAGUACAAACUUCAUCUUGGGACUCAGAAGUAUAUUCAAUUGCGGACAAGUGAGAACAGCCCAAGUCUCCCUCGUUUCCCCAGGAGCGCAUUCCCAUACUUGCGAGGUGUUAGAGGACUGGAAAGCGAGUUCGAAGAUGAAGAUGAAGAUGGUGGUUAUGAGACUGGACCAGAGCCAACAAGUGGAACCGAGAGGGCAGGGAAGAAGAAGAAGCAGACCCAGCAACAUCAACGCCGCCCUUCUGGUCCUCUCGCGCGUCGAAAGUCUAGCAUCACGAAUCCCCAGGAAGGUGAAUCUGCUAUAACUCCUUCAUUGACUCACGAAGGAGCCCAAGGUGGUAAAAAGGAAACAUACCCAGAAAGACAACGCAAGAAGCUUGAGAUGUACUUGCAGAAGAUGAUCCGUUUCCUGAUCUUCCGAGCUGACAGCAAUCGUCUUUGCAAGUUUCUUGAGUUGUCCGCUCUUGGAGUUCGUCUCGCUGCCGAAGGUAGUUAUCACGGUAAAGAGGGUUUCCUCAUAAUCCAGUCAUCCAAGGGCCUGGAUUUCCGGAGAGCCUUGAAUCCUUCUCUUAUCAAGAAGCGUCACUGGCCUAAAUGGUUCCUUGUCCGACACAGCUACGUGGUUUGUGUAGAUUCACCUGAGGAAAUGAACAUUUAUGAUGUAUUCCUUGUGGACUCGCAUUUCAAAAUUACGACGCCGAAGAUCAGUCUCCGCAAUCAAAAAGCGAAGGACCUGGCCAAAUCUGCAAAGCAAUCAGCGAGACAUCCUCAGCACCAUACCUUAAGACUUGAAAACUCCGAGCGCAAACUAAAACUGCUUGCCCGAAAUGAGCGUCAACUCCAGCAGUUCGAUGAUUCCAUCCGAUUCAUGGCUCAAAACACCCCUUGGAUGCGCCCUAAUCGAUUCGACAGCUUCGCUCCAGUCCGACAGAAAUGUUUUGCACAGUGGCUUGUCGAUGCCCGGGAUCACAUGUGGGUUGUUUCGAGAGCCAUCAACCAGGCCAAAGAUGUCAUUUACAUUCAUGACUGGUGGUUGAGUCCGGAGCUGUAUAUGCGACGACCGGCUGCUAUCAGCCAAAAGUGGCGAUUGGAUCGUCUCCUACAGCAAAAGGCACGCGAAGGUGUCAAGAUCUUCGUCAUCAUGUACCGAAACAUCAACUCCGCCAUUCCUAUUGACUCUGAAUACUCGAAGUUUUCUCUUCUUGAACUUCACCCCAACAUUUUUGUCCAGAGAUCCCCGAAUCAAUUCCGUCAAAACACUUUCUUUUGGGCUCAUCACGAGAAGCUCUGUCUCAUUGACCACACAUUGGCUUUUGUCGGAGGUAUCGACCUGUGCUUCGGGCGUUGGGAUACGCCUCAGCAUAAACUGACCGACGACAAGCCUACUGGCUUUGAAACCGCAGACAUGCACAAGGAUCCAGACAACUGUCAAUUAUGGCCCGGUAAAGAUUAUUCAAACCCACGUAUCCAAGACUUUUAUGAUCUAGACAAACCAUACGAAGAGAUGUAUGAUCGGAACGUUGUCCCCCGGAUGCCUUGGCAUGAUAUUUCAAUGCAUGUGGUCGGACAACCCGCUCGUGAUCUUACCCGCCAUUUUGUCCAGCGUUGGAAUUACAUCCUCCGUCAGCGGAAACCAACGCGUCCCACACCGUUCCUACUGCCUCCUCCAGAUUUCAAUCCGGCUGAUUUAGAAGCUCUGGGUCUGGAUGGAACAUGUGAAGUGCAGAUCUUACGGUCCAGCAGCAUGUGGUCCACUGGCACUCCGGACGUCACUGAGCAUAGUAUCAUGAAUGCCUAUGUCAAGCUGAUCGAAGAAUCUGAGCAUUUUGUAUACAUUGAGAAUCAAUUCUUCAUCAGCACCUGCGAAAUCGAUGGACGAAAGAUUGAGAACCUGAUUGGUGAUGCCUUGGUGGAACGAAUUGUUCGUGCAGCAAAGAAUGGGGAAGCAUGGCGCGCUGUCAUUGUCAUUCCUCUGAUGCCAGGUUUCCAAAAUACUGUGGAUAGUGAGGGUGGAACCAGUGUGCGUCUUAUCAUGCAAUGCCAAUACCGUAGCAUUUGUCGCGGCGAGACAUCCAUCUUUGGCCGUCUUCGCGCGCUGGGUAUCGAGCCAGAGGACUUUAUCCAGUUCUUCAGCUUGCGAACUUGGGGCAAAAUUGGUCCGCAGCAACAGGUGGUGACCGAACAGCUCUAUAUCCAUGCCAAGUGCAUGGUUGUCGAUGAUCGGGCUGCGAUUAUUGGGUCAGCAAACAUUAACGAACGUUCGAUGCUGGGUUCUCGUGAUUCGGAGGUGGCAUCUGUGGUCCGUGAUACCGAUAUGAUCACAUCCACUAUGAACGGCAAACCGUAUCUCGUCGGCCGAUUCCCACAUACCCUUCGCAUGCGGCUGAUGCGGGAGCAUCUUGGAAUUGAUGUUGACGAGCUCUUGGAGCAUGACCUUGCCACUGAAGAGGAGCUGCGCAAGAUACAGGAUGCCGAGGACGAUAGUAGACCAGCAGGUGAGCGGCAGCAACGUGACUCGGAAUCGUCGGUCAUUGAGCGACAAGACGAGCGAGAGAUGAUCGAGCGUCGGCACCGUGUUCAAGAUGAAUUCUUAUCCCGCUCCGAAGAUAUGCACAGUUUCAACCAUGAUGUCGACUGGGAGCAAGGCAACAAUCCGAAUCUCAAGAGUAACCGGAGGUUAACUGCCGAUCCUCGCGUUACAGAUAACUCUGAACAUCGGAAGGAUGUAGAUGGCGAAGGCGUUGACAAUUUGAAAGCUGCCGAGAAAGCAGGUCGGGGAGUCGGUCGCGAUUCGCAAAUAUCACCGGUUGGCAGGGAGGCACUUGUCUCUCCGAUUCAUCCCGAGGGCAAAGGUACUGUUCAACAGCAAAAGCAGUCUUCGCCGCAAAAGCCUUCUCGGGCCAAAUCGACCCGUGUGGAUACGAAGCCCAAGUCUUCAACGGAAGGCCCCCGCGACUCUGAAAACAAUACCAGCUCAGAUACCCCGUCGCACGGCCAUGGUGUUUCUGAAUCGUCAAGCCGAGACUCGGAAUCCGGCCUCGGUAAUCCGAUGAUGUCCAAAGACAACCAUGAUCAUUCUCGAUAUGGACAUGCCCAGGAUCUCAAGCGUGUUUUUAUUGACAAGGACUGCAUGAAAGACCCGGUGAACGAUGCGUUCUAUUUGGAUACUUGGCAGGCCGUUGCCGAAAAGAACACAAAGAUUUACCGAUCUGUCUUUAGGUGUAUGCCUGACAGCGAGGUCAAAAACUGGAAGGAAUACAAGGAAUACGCUGCCUACGGUGAGCGCUUUGCAGAGAUGCAAAGCCACCCAACCAGUAAACCCAACCCGGCUACGCAGCGACAGACUGGUCCUGGAGGAGGCUGUUCGGCUUCUGCGCCCAUUGGCUCACCAAUCUCCGUGGUCAGCCCCAAGACUGAAGUGCCUAUUGUUGAACCCAAGGCCGCACAAAGACUUGACGAAAAGGCUGGACUGCAAACAGCUGCUGCUGGUGAUCGACCGCUCUCUGAGCAUGCAAAGCAAGAAACUGUAUCCUUUGUUGACGAGAAGUUCCGUCUUAAGACCGCGUCUGAACCACACUUGCUGAGCACCGUACUAAAUGGGAAUCAUGAUAACCCUACUGUCGGAGAGGAUGUUGAAAAGCCCCGCUCCAAUUCGGCGCAUGUCGACUACUCCGAGGCAGUAAACCUCAAUGCCUCUCAAUCACGGAGGCGUAGACGAAGAGCCACGACUAUUGGUUCCAAGCAGUUCCAUGCUACAGAUGAUGUGAUGGAUAAGGAUCAAGCAGAGGAUCUUCUGAACAAGACUCAAGGCCAUCUCAUUCUUUGGCCGUACGAUUGGCUUGAAAAGGAAGAACAGGGUGGCAAUUGGCUUUACGCUUUGGAUCAAAUCUCACCCUUGGAAAUUUACAACUAA